GCUCCUCUCUGCAAAUGGGCAGCGCGCGGCGCAGUGACGCUCUGCGUGCGUCACGGUGACGCUGCGCGAAGGGCACGGAUCUUCGGGCGGGGAGGACAUUCGGCCUCUGUGAGCCGCAACCUUGCCCAGCGAGCGGUUGGGUGUUCGCCAUCUUAGGAGGAUGUUCUCGUCCGUAGCGCACCUGGCGCGGGCGAACCCCUUCAACGCGCCACAUCUGCAGCUGGUGCACGAUGUGUCGGGUCCCCGCAGCCCCCCAGGUCCGCCCCGGCGUUCCCGCCACCUGGCUGCCGCCGCCGUGGAAGAGCAGUAUAGCUGUGAAUAUGGAUCUGGCAGAUUCUUUAUCCUCUGUGGACUCGGAGGAAUUAUUAGCUGUGGCACAACACAUACAGCAUUGGUUCCUCUAGAUCUGGUUAAAUGCAGAAUGCAGGUGGACCCUCAGAAGUACAAGGGCAUAUUUAAUGGUUUCUCCAUUACAUUGAAAGAAGAUGGCGUUCGUGGUUUGGCUAAAGGAUGGGCCCCAACUUUGAUUGGCUAUUCCAUGCAAGGGCUCUGCAAAUUCGGCUUUUAUGAAGUCUUCAAAGCCUUAUAUAGCAACAUACUUGGUGAGGAGAACACCUAUCUGUGGCGUACAUCACUGUAUCUAGCUGCUUCUGCCAGUGCUGAGUUCUUUGCUGACAUUGCCCUGGCUCCUAUGGAAGCUGCUAAAGUUCGAAUUCAAACCCAGCCUGGCUAUGCCAACACACUGAGGGAAGCUGUCCCCAAAAUGUAUAAAGAAGAAGGCUUAAAUGCGUUCUACAAGGGUGUUGCUCCUCUGUGGAUGAGACAGAUCCCAUACACCAUGAUGAAGUUCGCCUGCUUUGAACGGACUGUUGAAGCUUUGUACAAAUUUGUGGUUCCUAAGCCCCGAAGUGAAUGUACAAAGGCAGAGCAGCUGGUUGUGACAUUUGUGGCAGGUUACAUAGCCGGAGUCUUUUGUGCGAUUGUCUCUCACCCUGCUGACUCUGUGGUCUCUGUGCUGAAUAAAGAGAAAGGCAGCACUGCCUCUCAGGUCCUGCAGAGGCUUGGCUUUAGAGGUAAGUUAGGCUCUCCUGGGACCUGGCACUGCUUGGGUAGAUGGCGCUGGUUUGUACGCUCACCUUUCUUCUCUGAACCAGGUGUAUGGAAGGGGCUCUUCGCCCGAAUCAUCAUGAUUGGCACUCUGACGGCACUGCAGUGGUUCAUCUAUGACUCUGUGAAGGUCUACUUCAGGCUCCCUCGCCCUCCUCCACCUGAGAUGCCAGAGUCUCUGAAGAAGAAGCUUGGGUUAACUGAGUAGAUAUACAUCAAAGUAACAUGGACUGAAUCUGCUUGUUGAUCAGUGUUGAAAGUGCAAAGGAACUUUUAUAUAUUUGACAAUGUAGGAAAUGUCUGUUCCUGAUACAAUUACUGUAGUACCCUUGCUUAAAGCAAGAGUUUCAAACUUACUGCUAAAUAAACCCAUCUAUUCAUGA